CAACGCCAUGAGUUACAGGCGUGGUGUUGAAGAGUUUCAUGCUUUCGAAUAGUCUCGUGGCGUUAAACUGAGUAUCAUACUCUAGUUCAUCGGCAGCAGGGGCAAACGAAGGGAGUUCUACCGUAUGGGCGCUAGCGGCACUCGCGUGUCCUUUACGUUUGACCAUCCCCGUACAAAGGUUCCACGUCCCAACGCGCACAUAGCACCACGGGACAAGAUGCCCAAUUCGACAAUGAAAACCAAAGUCGGAAAGCGCAAGUCGACGGUAAUCCUAGUAAUGGGCCCGACCGGAGCUGGCAAGACGACUUUCAUCAACUUGGCGAGUGGUUCGAAACUACGAGUAGGCAAAGGCCUGGAGUCCACUACAACCCGCAUGGAGCUCUCGAAACCAUUCAAAUUGGAUGGUCACGACAUCGCCCUUGUGGACACACCAGGAUUUGACGAUACGAUGAGAAGCGACGCAGAGAUCCUCACCAUAAUUGCCGCUUAUUUGUCAUAUGAGUUUCUGAAGAACACAAGGCUCGUUGGAGUCAUUUAUCUCCAUCGCAUCUCCGAUAACAGGAUGGGAGGAAUCGCUCUACGUAACUUCAGGAUGUUCGUGGCUCUAUGUGGACGCAUGGCUCUACCAAAUGCAGCGAUUGUGCUGAAUAUGUGGAACGAAGUCGAUCCUGAAGUCGCGCUCAGAAGGGAGGAAGAGCUGGUCUCCAAAGACAUCUUCUUCAAACCAGCCAUCGACGCAGGAGCCAGUGUUUUCCACCAUGACAACGGCUCUUCCUCUGCAGAGGAGAUAAUACGCCAUAUGUCUUCAAGAAGGCCUAUCGCGCUUGCGAUUCAGAUAGAAUUAGUGAAGCAGAGAAAACCGCUUCGCGACACGGCUGCUGGGAUGGCUCUACUGGGCGAUCUCGCAGAGAAACAGCGCAAGAACGAGGAGCAACUACGACACAUGCAAGAGGAGAUCAAUGAUGCCCUUGCGAGGCAGGACGAGGAUGAUCGGGAAGAGCUCGAGCAAGCACAUCGUAGACUAGACGGCAUCAGACGGAGAAUAGAUGAGGAUUCACGACAUAUUCAGACCUUUGAUAAUCCCACGGGAGGACGACCUGCUGUUAUUCGGCCCGUUCCCUUUUCAACAUCACCACUGUCCUCGCAGCUGGCUCUCCCUUCUCUAUCCGCAUCGGAGUCGCAGUCAGCGCCCACUGGUCUUUUCGACACUCCCUCAUUUCCUGGCGCUUUUCAUGUUGGAUCGACUCACCGAAUGAUGAAAAGAAGGGCGAUUCUAUGUUGUUGCAUUCAAUGAUCUUGAAUCGAAGUUGCCAUGCCGAGGCAGAUAGUCGACCGUGAACAGCUCGCAAGUGGCAAAUCGCCGUAACUGUGUUGAAGAAUACCGUCUCGAUCACCGAUGUGUAAAAGUUCUAUGUAUCGACCUGUUGCUUAGAUUGCUGUCGAUAAGGGGUAACAAUGUAUAUCAUCAUAGCAGAAUGAGCUGUUGCGGAAUUUUUUAUGAUUUACUAGGAUGACUACCAGUGCUAAUACGCGUAUCACUCUGGCUGGAGGACUUCCCAGUGUACCUUUUGUCGACGUUCAAGCCGAAAGAAACUC